UUUCCCCAUUUUGGACUACUGGUAUCUUUACUCUGCGCUUGGGUCCAUUCCCGCCCCCUCGCAUGACAGAAGGAUCCAGCCAGAUCUGGACCCAGCAGAGUUUUUUUUUUUUUUUUCUCUUCCCCCCCUUUUUUUUUUUCUCUCCUCGGGGUUUUUUGUUUGCUGAUCAUGCCACCGGGGUGGUGGAGUGACUCGGAUGACUCACCACCCAGCGACUGGGAGGCCUUCGCCUUAGAGCUUCCCAGCGCCCGGAGCGGGCGGUCACGGAGGCGCCGUGGUCGGGCUGCCUCCCGGUCGGCCAGACCUCCAGCUACCCAGCCAGCGGUUCCCGGCCCUGCUUUCGAAGGGACUCAACUGGUCAUCUUUCGAGGGCCCGGCCCGCGGGGGCCCCGCAGGUCCCGUCCGGCUGCCCAGCCGGGUUCCCUGCAGCUGGGGUCUGUGUCCCUUUCUCCUGCCCUGCCCGGUUCUCCUGCCCUGCCCGGUUCUCCUGCCCUGCCCGGUUCUCCUGCCCUGUCCGGUUCCCCUGCCCUGCCCGGUUCUCCUGCCCCCCCUGUAGCUCCGGCGCCCCCUCUAGCUCCGGCGCCCCCUGUAGCUCCGGCGCCCCCGUCCUCCAGUGUUCCCUCGUCCUCCAGUGUUCGUCCUUCCCCUGGUGUCGUCGCUCCCCCCGGUGGUCGCCCCUCCCCCGGUGUCGUCGCUCCCCCCAGUGGUCGUCUCUCCCCCGGUGUCGUCGCUCCCCCCAGUGGUCGUCUCUCCCCCGGUGUCGUCGCUCCCCCCAGUGGUCGUCUCUCCCCCGGAUCCCCCUGGUUUCCUGAGUCGGUCCCCCUGUCGCCCGAGUGCGGGCCCUGA